GGCUGCGACGGGCAGCCCUGCAUUGGGUCUUGGUAGGUGGCUGGCUAUGAGCCGACGACGGGACGGGGUAGGUCGUAUUCUGCAUUAUUACCAGCCCAGUACUGUACCAGCUUUCCCAACCAGCAGGCCGAAUGGGACGACGACGACGACGACGACCCUAGGAUUAUCCAGCCAGCCAGUGUAGGUAGCGGAGCCGUGCCGAGGGUGCCGGGGAGAGCAUAGUCAGUGUUACUUUGGGCUCGGCCUAGGCUACCUGGGCUAACUCGCAGGGGGCGCUGACUGGUGAAUUGCUUUUGAUGGCGCCCGCUGGACGACCUGUGGUGGCAGGGCUGUGACUUCAACCGUCGUCCUCUCUUCUCGUCGGCUCCAAAUUAACAUGUCUGCAUUGUGCACAUCUCCUCUGGUCAUGCUGUGCCCUCCUCGCUCCGCCUGCUGCUGACCCUACCGCUGCGCUGCCUGCUCCGAUUCCGUUAUGGGGGAGGAUGGCCCUCUCGGCACUGCAACAGAAUGACGCCUACCCAGGGCCCCCGGGCUCCCCUGUUGACCGUCUGCGCGACGACGUGCUGCCCGGCGCCGAAUCCCCAAAGAGACGCGCCGACUCCCCACGACGUCUGCGACGAGUAAAAGACUCCAAAGAGCAACUCAACAGGAGGACGCGGGCGCGCGCGACCAGCAACGCCACCAUCGAAACCUCGACGAGCAACUCGACCUCGGCUGGCCGCUCCUACACCGUCGCGAACGUGCACAACGGCGUCAUUUACCUGAGGCCUGUUGUUCGCGCUGGACACCAACGCACCCGCCCCCAGCCAGAUCCCUUCGUCUUCCCUCCCCAGACGCCCCCCGACAGCGCCACGCUCGACUCCAAGAAGCUGCGCCCAACGAGCAAUGACUGGGAGCAGAGCUUGUACGGCUCGAGGACACCGCGCUCCGAGCCCACACCACCGCUGCUAGACGCAAGGGCAGACAAUGCGUCGCAGCUGCAGCCACCGGCAGAAAUCACUACUGGCUUGCGUCCAGUCGCGCGCUCGCAUUCAUUCUCCACGGCCGACGAGCACACGGCUACGUCGCUCAGCAACGAGCCGGGCACCUUCAAGGUGGUGAUUGAGCGGCCUCCUUUUGGUGGCCGGCCCAAGACAGCAGACACUGGCUCGUUGCCUCUGCUGCAAGUGCCAAUUCCGCAUUACCGCUUGGGCACGCCGCGUUUCAGUACACGAGGAACUGCCGACCUACGCAGCUCCGUCUACACGCGAACCUCUGGCACAGACGACUUUGCCAAUUCCCUGUUGACGCCACAGCGCGCGGGCACCCACUCGUUCUUGUCCUCGCGCCCCCGUUCCGACGCCUAUUCGCCUAUCCCGCAUCGCUAUCGCGCCACCAUGGACCGUCCGCCUCUCCCUACUUCGGCACCAUCUUCCGCUCGGGUAUCGCACGCUCCAAUUGGCCCCAGGCUGUACGAUGCUUUGACUGUCAACCCAGAUGACCGCGCUGUUGUACGCUUUUCCACGACUGGCGAGAUUCUUGCCGCCACACCAUCACGACUUGUUGCUCACAUUACGUCUCCCAGCUUCCUCGACUAUGAACUACUCUCCGACUUCUUCCUCACUUUCCGCGCAUUCUUAAGCACAAAGGACCUGGUAGCCUAUCUCAUUUCUCGGCUGCGAUGGGCCGUGGAUAGACAAGACGACUUUGGCCGCAUUGUCCGAGUACGGACCUUCGUAGCCCUUCGACAUUGGAUCCUGAACUACUUCGUGGACGACUUUGUGCCUGUUUACAAGUUGCGAUCUUACUUUUGUGAACUUGUCAACAGCCUUCAUAGUGAUCUCCGCGCUCGUGAAGAUGGAGGAGGGGGCGAUAUUAAGAUUGUUGGCGAGUUGAAGAAGUGCUGGCGGCGCACUUGCGCACAGUAUUGGGAGAUGGAGGAUGAGAUUGGACAAGACUUUGCAGACGAUGAAUUACUUCCCGGUGGACAGACAGGCUCGCAGGACUCGAUUGAAGAAAUCCCGUACAUAGCAGCCACGCCUAUCACGCCUAAGCGACAAACAGCACGCGAUACCAAGGAGACUAUAGGUUCCAAUCCGAGCGAUCAGUUCGCGACUCGACACUUGGAAUGGGCCCAAAAAGCUCGCCAUACUCCCCAGAACUCAGUAAGCGUACCAUAUGUACCCUCGCAAGAGUACGAUAUUGUCCAAGUGCCAUUGUCGCCUGCCAGCGAACAGAGUAUGCAUGUCCUUUCAUGCUCUCUUCCUAUGCGGGGCCUGAACAAGACGGAACAAGCCAUUGAUCUCCCGCUAUAUCCUCACCCAGUUCCUGUGGCCACCGCCCGUUCGAUACCUAGUCCACAACGAGUCAUGUCCGCUAAGAUAGCCAGUCGCCCAUCACAUGCUCAUAAGCGCAGCGGCAGCUUCUCCGAUGCUCUGAGGGAUAGCAGAGCGCCACUCUCUAUUCCCAAGACGGUUUCUACGGAUCUUGCCAUGUCUGCAGUAUCGAACAUGCCUGGGAGCUUGGUCCGUGGCGGCCUUUUCCAGCCAGGAUCUCCAUACUUUGAAGUCAAAGGCGUGCGUUAUACACGUUCGCAACUGCUACAGGAGGCUGAAGAGGCGUACGGAAAUGACUUGCAGAGGCCAGGGCAUGCAAGUAGCCCAGGAAUGAAGAAGAUUCUUGGUACUGUACGCCGGGCACUAAGCACCCGACAGUCACCUGGAGCAAGUCCUCAGCUUGGGGGACUUCGACAGCCCCCACCUACUCGUUCUUCCAAUCCAGGCACUAUAUCAACAGCUGCUGGAGGAGUACAAAAACGACGUACUGCUCGGCCCAAGCCAGAGGUUCGCAUUGACCUCUUAGCUUCCGUAGUGGGAGAAAGUUUCAAAGAAGCUGUGAAAGAACAAUUAGAGCGUGAACAGCAGCCAUCUCAAGACGAGGAUCCUCCUGAGCUGGGAGGAUUCGAGUUCGAGUUUGACAAGCGUCGAGCACCAUCCUCAGAUGAACAAAAGUCUUCCAACAACGUUGACCCUCGCGUAUAUAGUAACAUUACUAGCGGCAGCAAGUCGAUCUUAAUCAUAGACGAUACCGGAGCGCCCCCCCUUCCUGUAAUGUCUGGAGCUUUGCCCGCGGACAUUGAUGCGGCAACGGUGAGCACCAUGCCGCUAUACGAUCACCAAAGGCAAGCGUCGAUCGACGAACGACUAGCUGAAGGCAGUAUACCUAUAGCCCGGCAUUCGGAGCUAUACGAUGAUCUAGAGUCACACACAUUCAAGCAGGAGCAGCGCAUUUCACGACCCUCGCUACAGCGUCCUGCGGCAAGACAAAGGAGAUCCAUGUCAGAGGGUCGUGAGCAAAUGCAUUCCUUCAGGCGUCGUGGAUCUAACAAGACUUCAAUUGCGCGCUCUAUUUCGUUGCGGCGGCAUGCGUCCUAUAACAGCGGCCUAAGCCGACGCCGGGGCCCUGCGAGUGUUGCUACCUUCCAAACUAUGUCGUCAGACAACGAUCCGUUCUUCCUUGAUCGCCAGCUGGCGAACGAGACAGCCGGGCCUGCACGCCAGCUUCGUCGACGACCAGGCGGAGAUCUCCGCGCUGCGGACAAUAUACAUGAUCUUGAAACCACGCAGCGCCCACACUCCACUGGCUCUGUUUCCAAUCGUACCCAUUCGAUCGCCAAUUCGGUCAUCCUGCGUUCUGACCGUUAUGUCGAACCUGGGAACAAGACAAGCCGCCAAGUCGAAGAGGCGGUCGACCCAGUGGUCACUAAAAAACGCAUAUCCAUGGUCGAUACACAUUCCUCGCAACCCAACUUGAGGCCGUCUUUUGAGGCCGAGGUGGCAAAGCUUGCGGCUCUGCCAGAUGAUAUAGACGACGACGGGGGCAUUGAGUCCGCUCUGAUGAAACUCGAAGGCCGCUACGAAAAGAAAUCUCCUAGCUUACCCUCCGAGCGAAGCUCAGUCGACUUGGAAGUCUAUCAACCAUCUGGCACUCCUGUGAAUGUUUCUCAGUCCGCUCCCUCUGAUGAAGAGGCAUGUUCUGAGACCAACGACGUCUUCCACCGGCCGACCACGCCCUCUGAAGCGGAUGGCCAAGGCAUGUAUCGACACUCUGCAGAGAAUUUCACACGCCGUGUACCAGCCGGGACCUCCGUUGGAGAGUCAACAGAUUCUUAUUCCUCGAUACCUCUUUUAGAUCGCGCUCUCAGCGAGUUCACAGCUUCACCCCGCGCCCGUACCUUGGAAACGAUAAGAUCAUCAGCGAAGCCUUCGCCCCUGAAACACACUGGUACAACACCACAAGCGGCGCAAGCUCCUACGGUCUCUUCGUCGGGAAACUCAUCAAUUGAGUACGUUACCGAAACAGAAAGUAUGAAACGAAUACCACAUGGUGGAACCCUACCCGUGUCCUCUGUACCUCGCCAGUCAUUCCUUCUAGAUGAUGGUGAAGAUCUCAGCGAUAUGGAUUCUACAACGGGUGCCAGGUCAGAUCAGACGAGCCAUGGUGUGAGGAGUUUCUUCGACGAUGAAUUAGUGACGCCAGACCAUGAAACGGACGGCCUUCCAACACACCCAAUGCGCCAUCCUCCCACGCCUCCUCCCUCUGGACAUCGGCUGAAGGAAACCCUGCCCAAUCCGACAGUCUUCGAGCGAGGUUUAGCAACGCCCAGUCUCACUCCCACCGCCUCCCGACCUAACAACCUGGCAUUUACGCAGUCUGGUCAGCUGGUAGAUUCGCCCAUUGAGCCGCAUGAGUCGCAUGAGAGAUCAUCCACGUUAACUACGCAUUUACCUUUUGUUCUUGCAUAUGACUCGGAGGUUCUUGCUCAACAGUUCACCAUUGUUGAGAAGGAUGCUCUGGAUGAAAUUGACUGGAAAGAGCUCAUCGAGCUGCGGUGGAAGCAGUCUUCCCCACAGAUCCGUGAUUGGGUACAGUACCUCCGAACGCAAGAAGCUCGUGGCGUUGAUGUUGUCAUCGCACGUUUCAACCUAGUCGUCAAAUGGGUGGUAUCGGAAUGCAUUCUCACAGAGAGUGUCGAAGAAAGGGCUCGGUGUAUUGUGAAGUAUAUUCACAUUGCGACACAUGCACGCAAGCUUCGCAACUACGCCACCAUGUACCAGAUUGCCAUUGCUCUAAUUUCGAACGAUGUCUCCCGACUCAAAAAGACGUGGGCUCUAGUUCCCGCAUCCGAAUUACUCAUCAUGCAGGAGCUAGAAGCUCUGGUGCAGCCUCUCAAAAACUUCCACAACCUACGCCUUGAGAUGGAGACGGUUACCGUGGACGACGGCUGUAUCCCCUUCAUCGGCAUCUAUACCCGCGAUCUCAUAUACAACGCCCAAAAGCCUGCUUUCAUCGACGCCCCUCCCGUAGACGGCGAACGACUUGUAAAUUUCGAACGACAUCACACGGCCGCUACCAUUGUCAAAAACCUCCUCCGCCUCCUUGAGGCCAGUUCAAAGUACUCAUUCAAAGUCGAGCCGACCAUUCUCAGCAAAUGUCUCUGGCUUGCUGCGCUCGGGGAUGACGAGAUCACCAGGCGCAGUCGCCAAAGUGAAUGAAGGAAGACGGAGUGAGCUUUCCUUAUUUUGUGCCGGCGUACAGGCGGCCGACCUUCUCUAACGGAUCCAACCCCUUUCCUAUCUCCUUGUUAAUACCCACCUGAGCGUCAUCAGCGCUGCAUCAGCCCGACAUGAGUCCACGACUGCGUCUUUCUCCUUUUUCAUUUUGCACAUAAUUAUUCUUUGCGCCUACUCGGGGCCCAUUGUCCCUCGUUAUAAGAUAUAAUAGCUCACGCUUGAAGAUGCUGACUUGGUCGUAUUGUUGGUUCAAGCGACCUUUACACGAGUCAAGGAUGUUGAUGUACAUGACGGAGGCUCGUUGUUGAUACAUGUAAAGAAAUCGAGAGGACAGUGUGGCUUCAUUAGUCACCGGCUUCAAACCAACGUAAUGUUGUUGUUACACAC